AAGGCUCGGCAGAGCUCCUGGCACCGCCUCCUCCCAGCCCGCUCCUGUGGGUGGGGGAAGGCAGGACUGACGCAGAAUGAGUGUAAGGAUGGAGACGCCGGCUCCAGUCGCGGGGGACUGGAGAAAGGGGUUGGCUUCCCCAGGAGCAGAGAUGAGAUUUUCCUCCUCCUAUUCUGGCGGGUCUGAAGAUGACAACAGCAACCCGACAAGAAGUCCUUGGCCUCUACCGAAGCAUUUUCAGGCUUGCACGGAAAUGGCAGGCAGCGUCAGGGCAGAUGGAAGACACCAUCAAAGAAAAACAGUACAUACUAAAUGAAGCCAGAACACUGUUCCAGAAAAACAAAAAUCUCACGGACCCGGACCUGAUUAAGCAGUGUAUAGAUGAGUGCACAGCCAGGAUUGAGAUUGGACUGCAUUACCAGAUUCCUUAUCCAAGGCCAAUUCAUCUGCCUCCAAUGGGUCUCACCCCACUACGAGGCCGGAGACUACAAACCCAGGAGAAACUGAGAAAACUUUCCAAACCAGUGUAUCUGCAAUCUCAUGACGAAAUUUCCUAAUGGAAAGGACAGAUGGCUUUUGAGAAUGGUGAGAGGACUUUGUUUUGAAUGUAAAUCAGGCAACAUGCCCUUCUUGAUUGGAAGCAAAACCAACACUUCCUUUAGACCUCCAGAGUUGGUCCUCACCUAUGACAUGUGGCUGUAAGCAUACCUAGGAUUUUUGGUGGCCUUCCUGCUGCCUAAGCCAAUGACAUUGCCUCUAGAAGUCAUGGACCUUAUGUCUUCACCUAAGUCAUCCAUGGGAGCAAGUCUAAGGCUUGUGGAGGAAGGCUGAAGGCAGUUGCUGGGACUGCCGUUCAACACACAUCAACUGAUCAAAAGGAGUUGACUGGUUGCUGCAGAUUCACAUGGAUACCAAACUCUGUUGCUCCCAAAAUACUUAAUAGAGGUUUAUCCACAAGUUGUUCAUUUGCUUAAAAGUGAUUUCUGUAUAGGCAUUUUGUGGUCACCUGACUCUUGUAAUUUCCAUAUAUACACCAUUAGAAAGGUAUUGGAUUGAUCAUACGUUGUUUUUUGUUGUUGUUGUUUUGUUUUGUUUUGUUUUUUGUAGGGGGGGGGGUGUUUGAGACAGGGUUUUUCUAUGUAACAUUUGCUGGUCUAGAAUUCCCUAUGUAGACCAGACUGCCGUUGAACUUGUGUUGUUCCUCCUGCUUCAGCUUCUCAAGUGCUGGAAUUACAUGAUCAUGUGGUCUUUUUAAUGGAAAUAUGGUAUGGCACCCUUCUUUUCCCUGUUGAUAAUUGGAACUACAUGCCUUAGUUCUGUUUACCCUGUCUUAAGUGUGAUUACUUAAAAUGCACUUAGGAUCUAAAAGCUUCCUUGACAUUUAUCCUGCAUUUCUUUUAUUCUACUUUAACCUAAUUUAAAAGCACAAGGUCUAGCUGACUUCCAAGUUAUAUCCAAGCAGAAAUGGGACAGAGAGCUUGUGUGGAGUCAGGUGGGAGUUCACAGCACGCUGUUUGCACACCAGCAGAGAGUGGACCUCACUAAUAAAGAUAAAUCUCUACUUA